GCUAUGUAGCGUUUUUAGGCUCCAUGCCCAAGAAUGGUUGGCAGCCCUGCGUGGCCAAGAGAGCAACGGUCUGCCAAGUGUAGCAACAUCUUCAACAUCGUCAUCAGCAGCAGCAGCAAGUGGCCGAAGCAGUAGCAUGAAGCAAAGGCAGCAGCAGCAGCAUGUCGCGUUAUAGUCAUCGCACACAGUGAUCGCAGUUCAGUGUGGUACAACAGCAUUUUGACACAUCUCUCACACACGCACGCACAUGCAUAGACACACACACGCGCGCACGCACUUGCAUACACACACGCAAUGAUGAGCUAAGGCAGUAGUCCAUUCGCCUACACAGCUGAGCCACAGCUGCAAGCCCCCUACGCAAUGCGUCAGACCACCUGAACCAAGACGGACGCCAGGAGCCGGGCGCGCGAGCCCUCCAGACAACAACAACAACAGCAGCAACCAGCCACAAGCCAUCCGCAUCUCAAGGACGCGGCAGCGGUGGCGGUGGGGGGUGGUGGUGCUUGGUGGUUGUUGGCGACUUCAAUUCCCGGCUCAGUAAACUCCCAGCGCCCUCGCCAAAGUGGGGGGCAAAGAACAGACGCCCCUCAGAGGCCGCCUCGGCGCCCUCACGCGCGAGACGUGGGCGGCAUCGCCCGCACCAUGCGGGAGGUCGCACCCGCCCUGCUGCUGCUCCUAUUGCUCUCCCUCGCGGCUGCGUCCGAGGCGGCCGAGGAACGGCCCCCGGUGGACGAGGGCCUGCCACGCUUCAUGUGCAGUAUCCCCGGUCCCCCCGGCCCUCCGGGCUUACUGGGGUCCCCUGGAAUUCCGGGUCCCGCGGGGUCGGCGGGGAUGCCGGGAAGGGAUGGCAGAGACGGUGCCGUGGGAAGCAAGGGGGACCGGGGACAGCCAGGCACAAAUGGAAAGCCCGGUAAGCCGGGCCUUCAGGGACAGAAAGGACUGCGCGGAGCCUACGGCAAGGCCGGGCCCAGGGGCGUGAAGGGACCUCCGGGUACCGUGGGGCCCUCCGGCCCUCCGGGCCCUCUCGGGAUGAAGGGGGUGCGCGGUGAGCGUGGGCCGCCCGGCAGCUGCAAGUGCAGCAACAUCCCUCGCUCGGCCUUCACGGCCGCCAUCACGGCCAGCUACCCGGAGGUGCGCACGCCCAUCAAGUUCGACAAGGUGCUGUUCAACGAGGGCGGCCACUACAGCGGGCUGACUGGGAAAUUCAUCUGCGCCAUCCCCGGCGUCUACUACUUCUCGUACGACGUGACGCUCGCCAACAAGCACCUGGCCAUCGGGCUCAUGCACAACGGGGUCUACCGCGUGCGCACGUUCGACGCCAACACGGGCAACCACGACGUGGCGUCGGGCGCCACGCUCUUGCUGCUCAAGCCCGAGGACGAAGUGUGGCUCCAGAUCUUCUACGCGGACCAAAACGGGCUCUUCGCUGACCCCAACUGGGCCGACAGCCUCUUCUCUGGGUUCCUGCUCUACCCCGACCCCGACUAUAUGGCUGACUAUGAUGAGCUUUAACUGCGCAGCGUGAGGAACUCGUUGGUAGGGACUGGUUUUGGGUUCGGGGAAAAUGGUGCUAAUUUCACUGGUGGACUUAUUGUGACCAGGCCUGUAUGAGUUGCUGUGCUGGGAAAACUAUGCAGCAAGGCUCAGCUCUCUGAGGUGACCACAGCAGCAAAGAUUAAAGUCUUUGCCAGAGGUUUCUAUGAGCAAGCCUUCAUACUAAACUGUAGAGAACCCCAUUAAUCAGAGCCUGAUUAUCCAACAAAUGGGGUAAGCAGCUGCCUUUGGAGCCAUGAGGCUUCACGUUGGAAGUUAUAGAGGUUUGCAUUGAUGGUAGGAAAGAGGCUUGGACCCAAAAACAAAAUGAGGCAGAAUAUUAUUUGGACUUAGUGUUCAGUGGAUUCUCAAUCCAGGUCUGAUGAAGCCUCAUUUCCACAUCUUUGUCUAUAUACAGAGCCCCCGAUUAGUAAUUGUUACAUGCUAUUUUAACCGUGUGUGUUGAUACAGAUUUCUGCAACUCAGGAAUGAAGAGUUUUCAGAAUUUGGCUAUAGAAUAAAGACAACUUGGAGUGUGGUGAUGUUAAUUGCUUGCCAAUGACACUUAAUUCCCGUCAUAUAUAGCAGGAGGACCGGUGAUGUGGAUAUUAACAGGACCAUUCUCAUAUAGUGUAAACCUACAGUGAGUGGAGUGGGGGACUGGUGUUGUACACAGGCUGGUCCCACGAGGCAUUAAAUCCUUUCAAACCGUGUGUGGGGAAAUAAAAUAUGUAAAGCACAGAGUGAAUAUUAAAUAGCUCUGUAUCGAAUGUUUUUUUGUUCAUCGUUCUUAAGGCAAUGGAGAGAAUAAAUGUGGUGAAUGCGAUAAUCAUUUUAUUCUCUUCUGGUGGGAACAUAUUGCAUUGUAGGUGCCAAUCACCAGUUAUAAUCCAUUCCAUGUAAACCUGUUUUGAUUUUGAGAUAUGGUAUUGCAAAAGUUUUCAGAUCAACGUGUAUCACCGCUCAAACAAGUUUGCGAGUGUUGGUGAUGUUGAGCCCGUUGUACAUUCUUCGGACAACGACUGUUGGACUUCUCACGAAGUGGCACUUACUCUCUGAACACCCGAGGGGGUUGGGUUGAGCCGCCCCCACCGCCCCCCCGACUGGAAUUUGAACUUGAAACCUGCCGCUGUGCCCUAACCGUAGCAUUACCAAGCCGUGUAAACUUCGAUUUCAAAACUCUGUAAAGGUAAAGUCACGUAGAAUGGAAAUAAUAAAAUAAUAAAAAUAUAACAUUAUAAAAUAAUUAUGUCACGUAAAAUGGAAAUAAUAAAAUAAUACAAAUUCUACAUAAUAAAAUUAUGAUGUUUUAAUUGUAUUACUUUAUUAUUUCCAUUCUACGUGACUUUACCGAAAGAACCAAGAAGAUGAAUCCCUGCAGUCACGAAAGCUUUAAAUCGAAACUCUGUAAAGGUAAUUUUCCAAUAUCUGACAUCAGCCAUAAAUACAUUGCGUAAUGGGCUUGGCUGGGCACUUGAGCUGGACUCGAUGCAUGCCAUAGAUUAUAAUAAAUGCCAUGACCUGACCUGCAUGGGCAAGAUUGGUGACCAGCACGGAAUUGACUGUGUUGCUUAAAUGGCAAAGCGUAGCUGGCGCGACUUGUGUAACGCUAAGCCAUUCCACAUACACCAUCAACUGAAAGCACAACAAGCCACCUACACAAACAUGGCAUUUACGUUAAAGUAAGAAUUUCAUUGAGGGCCAGUUUUUUUUUAAUUAAAAUGUGUUUUUGAAGAGUACAAAACAGUUUGAUGUUAACAUCAAUUUAUUUUGCUGUUGGUUAUGGAACAGCUAUAAAAUAAAUAAAAACAUGUUCUCCAAUUGUAUUGAUGUAUUUUCUCUUAAGUGAAGUGAUUCUGAAAAUAUUACCAGAGGGAAUUGAAUAAUGGGA